CUUUGAUGGCUCGAAUUGUGGAGGGAGGAGAGUGCGAGAAUGGUCUCCGGAGUUCGAAUCGCUCGUCACUCCCUCCUCCGCUUCUCCUCGAUCGUUCCAUCUCCUCGUCUCCGUCGCGAUCUCUCCUCUCUCGCACACUCUUUUUCUUCGAAGGCUCGCCAGAUAAACAAUGAAUGCUGUGAAUUCUUGCCAUGGUUGCAACAAAAAGCAGGCACUGAGGUAUCCUCGGUGCUAUCGGUUGGAAAUUCUGCCUUUGGCAGAUCAUUGUAUGCAUCAACGGCAAUACACGCUGGAGACUGUAUGCUGAAGGUUCCUUACAGUGUUCAUCUCACUUCAGAUAAAUUCCCUUUGGAAAUCUCCCCGUUUAUUGAUUAUGGUGUUGGAAGUGUGUCAUGUGUUGCCGUGGUACUUAUGGCAGAGCAGAAACUGGGAAUGGAAUCUCGAUGGGCGGCCUAUAUUACUAGUCUCCCUCAAAUGGAUGAGAUGCAUAACACGUUUUAUAUUACAUUACAGAUAUUCUGGAGUGAAGAUGACCUGCAGAUGAUAAGUCAAAGCCCAGUUUACAAGGAAACUAUUGAGCACAAAGCAAACAUUGAGAAGGAAUUUUUUGCUCUUAAACCAGCUUUGGAGUGUUUCCCCCAGAUUUUUGGUGACAUCAGGUUGGAGAAUUUCAUGCAUGCAUGUGCUUUGGUUUCAUCUCGAGCUUGGAAGACUUCAAAAGGUGUAUCUUUGAUCCCAUUCGCAGAUUUCCUAAAUCACGAUGGUACUUCAGAUUCCCUGUUAUUAAGUGAUGACUACAAAGAAAUUUCAGAGGUACUUGCUGAUAGGGAUUACGAUGUUGGUGAACCGGUUAUGAUAAGAUAUGGGAAGUUCUCUAAUGCUACUCUCCUCCUAGACUUUGGUUUUACUGUUCCAAACAACAUUUAUGAUCAGGUUCAGCUAUGGAUGGAUGUACCAUCACAUGACCCAUUGUAUGCAGCGAAAAUUGAGCUGUUGAAUAAGCAUAGGUUCCCUAGAGGAACAAAGAGCGAUGGUUUUAAUGAUGCGAGAGGCCCUUUUAUCAUCAAGGAAGUUAAAUCUGCCGAAGGAAAAGGGAAGGGCAUUCCGCAGGCUCUACGCGCAUUUGCUAGAGUUUUAUCUGCCACAUCAGUUAAAGACCUGGAAGAGAUGGCUUUGGAGGCAGCUGAAAAUGAUGGUCGGCUAGCUCGACGUCCUUUGAAGAACAGGGAGAGAGAGGUUCAUGCCCAUAGAACAUUGCUUUUCCGGGUUGAGCGCAUGGUUCGGGACCAUGAUGCCGCUAUUAAGGUGCUCCAGUCUUCUGUAGUUUCUGUUGAUGAUACUACACUAUUCGUUAGAAGAGGAAUGGCAAGAGAUCUCCUUAAUGGUGAGCUUCAUGUUCUGCGAUCGGCACAUACCUGGCUAGCCAAUUACUGUGCCGCCCUAUGCUAAUUUAGUAGCUUGUGAUUCAUUUAUAAACUGUUGUACCAGGUAACCGUGUAUAACAAAA